AUGUGUCCAUACACUGUUGGAGUCAGUCUAAGGGGCAUUAUUUGUGGUGGAACUGUACUGGACAAAACUCAUAUUUUGACUGCAGCCCAUUGUGUCAAGCACAAUGAAGAUACCGCAUGGGGCAUUGAGGUCAUCAUUAACACCAGAAAUUGGUAUUACAGAGAGAACAAUGUAUUUCAAGUGUCCAAAGCUAUUAUUCACAAAGACUACAAGCAGGGCACGCACAACAAUAUACAUAAUUUAGCUGACAUUGCUGUUUUGAAGCUAGAUAGAGAGCUCCCUUUGGAGGCUCUGAGGACUAGGCUGCAGACAGUCAGUCUACCAAAUAGUGUACCCCAGGUUAACACAACCGCGGAGAUCUGUGGUUUUGGGAAUACCAAUCAGGGCCUUCCAGAGCCACCAAGGUGGAUGUACAAGCUACAAACAACGACUAUCAGUUUGGCUGAAUGCAGACAGUAUGUGAUUGAUAGGCUUCACACCAGUCACCUAUGUACGAGAAGCUCAGUCGGUCAGGGACUGUCCAUUGGUGAUAGUGGCAGUCCUCUGAUUCACAACGGUAAAGUCAUAGGUGUUGCUUCCUGGGGUCACGAGGUUAAUCUUGCAACCAGACAGCCCCAGGUCUUCACAGAUGUUUAUACCUACGGAAGCUGGAUUCGCGAUGCAAUGAACUGGAAUGAUGCAUCAAGGGCAUCUGAACACUGGAUUUAUUUAUGA